GCGAAAAGAGAAUUGGUUGAUCUUUGAUGGUUGGUUAUGGACCAUGUAAGCUUGACAGUUCCAUAGAGCUUCCAUGGACGAAGAGGAUAUAUAAACUAUAUACGCAGUGUAUCUCAAAAACCCUCUUCUCAGAAAGAGCCUUCCAUUACUGAGUGGAGCUGUUGCCAAACCUAGUGCCCAUUUGCUCUCUAAUCUCUUCUCUUUCAAUUGGGUUGUUGGGUAACACUUCCAGUUAUCGCCUCUCUCAGUUUUCCUAUCUCAUUGUCUCUGAUUUUGCUGCAUCUGUUGAGAUUUCAUCUUCAGAAAUGCAAGUUCUGGCAUGUAAUACUCCGCAACUGCGAAUGGUGGCAAAAUCUGGUGUUUCGACUUCGACCCAUUUCUUGGGAAGGAGAGAACUGUGCUUUGAUAGUGUGUCUUCUGUAUGCUCUUCUUCCCAGCCCUCUACUUCAAAUCCCAGCAUUUCCGAAUUCAUUUCCAUUAGAAGGAGUGCUGAUGAUGACUCUGGGGAUCUUGCUUCUGUAGUGAGCAGAAAAUUUCUCUUCACAACUCGUCGGCGGACGUUAUUUGCUAGUUUGUUUCUGAGUUUGUGGCCUUAUCCUUCUAGUGUAUUUACAGCUCAAGCUUUGGGCGAUCCAUCUGUAACCAUAGAUGAAGUAACUCCCACUAUUUCACCUUCUGGAACCCUUUUCCCUACAGAGGAAAGAAUUGUCGAAUUGUUUGAGAAAAAUACAUACUCCGUUGUCAACAUUUUCGACGUGACUUUGCGUCCUCAACUCAACGUAACUGGUAUGGUUGAGAUUCCUGAAGGAAAUGGGUCCGGAGUAGUGUGGGAUGAUCAAGGACAUAUAGUAACAAAUUAUCAUGUAAUUGCAAGUACCCUUGCAAGAAAUCCGAGCGCUGGGCAGGUUGUUGCACGAGUUAAUAUUCUAGCAUCUGAUGGGAUACAAAAGAAUUUUGAAGGCAAGCUUGUUGGUGCAGACCGCACGAAGGAUCUUGCUGUUCUGAAGGUGGAUGCCUCAAACGAUUUAUUGAGGCCAAUCAAGGUGGGGAAGUCAUCUUCUCUUAAAGUGGGACAACAGUGCUUGGCAAUUGGAAAUCCAUUUGGUUUUGAUCAUACUCUCACAGUUGGAGUCAUUAGUGGACUAAAUCGCGACAUUUUUAGUCAGACUGGUGUCACCAUCGGGGGUGGAAUUCAAACAGACGCAGCUAUCAAUCCUGGGAAUAGUGGAGGUCCUCUACUUGAUUCGAAAGGAAACUUAGUUGGCAUCAAUACUGCUAUUUUUACUCAAACAGGAACAUCAGCUGGUGUCGGUUUUGCAAUCCCAUCUUCAACUGUAAUCAAGAUUGUACCUCAGUUGAUCCAAUUUGGUAGAGUCGUGCGGGCUGGCAUAAAUGUAGAUUUUGCUCCUGACCUAAUCGCAAAUCAACUCAACGUUCGUGAUGGAGCUCUAAUUCUGCAGGUUCAUGCAAAUAGUCCUGCAGCCGAAGCCGGACUUUUGCCCACCACCAGAGGUUUUGCAGGUAAUAUAGUACUUGGGGAUAUCAUUGCUGCCAUCGAUAAUAAGCCGGUAAAGAAUAAAGCAGAAUUGUACAAGUUAUUGGAUGAGUACAACGCAGGAGACAAAGUUAUUUUGAAGAUAAAGAGAGGAGGGCAAACUUUGGACCUGCCAUUGAUAUUAGAAGAAAGUCGGUAGAAAAUUCUUCAAUAACACGAUAACUCUUUUGACAUUCUACUCAGAUCAAAUGAAGAAGAAGAUUAAACGGAGCAAUGGAAGCAAAGCAAAGCUUGAGCAAGCCUGAAAUGUGGUGAGUUCUCAUGGGGGUGGAUUCAACUUUUGAACGUGAUGCCUUGAUGGUAAGGGAGAGAUGGAAGAAUCAAAUUUGAACGUGAUGCCUUGAUGGUAAGGGAGAGAUGGAAGAAUCAAAUAUUAGCUUUUGUUAGAAUUGAUGUAAAUGUUUAUGUAAAGAUUAACUGUCACUGAUUAAUCCGAUUCCCAUGAUGGAUUCAAUUCAAGAGUCGAUAUGUGCUUCUGUAAUCUUGCUUAACUACUUCAUCUGCCCUGUUUUUGCUCUUUAUCUGCUCUGUUUGUUGUUCUGGAAUUAUUACAUGAAUAUCAUUUGUAAAGUGCUCAA